AUGGCUUUAAAGUUGGACAUGAGUAAGGCAUAUGACAGAGUGGAGUGGCCUUUUAUUAGAGAAAUGAUGGCUAAGAUGGGUUUUGAAGACAGGUUCAUUAGUCUUAUCCUCCAUUGUGUCAAUUCUGUCCAGUGCUCAAUUUUAAUUAAUGGGGAGGAAGGGUCCAAUUUCAGGGCUUCUAGGGGUUUGCGCCAAGGGGAUCCGUUGAGUCCCUAUUUAUUUCUUUUUUGUGGAGAAGGGCUUUCAGCAUUAAUGAGACUUACAAGACAGGAAGGAAAAAUUUUUGGUGCUAAGGUCUGUCGAUCAGCUCCACCUAUCACCCAUCUCAUGUUCCCCGAUGACUGUAUUCUAUUUGGAGAAACUUCAAGAAGGGGGAUUUGUGUGCUGAAAAAUAUUCUUGAGAAGUAUGAGGAUUGUUCGGGGCAGUGCGUAAACUUUGAAAAGUCAACUGCGUUUUUCAGUUCAAAUGUGAAUGACCAGGAUAAGAAUUUGGUUUUUCAAAUUCUUAACGUGCGAUGCUCGAUGAAUCCUAAGAGAUACCUUGGUCUUCCGAAUAUGGUGGGGCGAAAAAAAAAGUUGGCUUUCCAGAAUCUAAAAGAUCGUUUAAAGCAAAGGAUUAAUAGUUGGAGCUUAAGACAUAUUUCACAGGGAGGCCGAGAGGUUUUUAUAAAGGUUGUUUUACAAGCUAUUCCUACUUACACAAUGGCUUGCUUCCUAUUGCCAAAAUCUUUGUGCAUGGAAUUGGAAAAUAUCAUGGGGGCAUUUUGGUGGAGGAAAAAUCAGGGAAAGCAAGGCAUGCAUUGGUGCGAUUGGAAGUCUUUGUGCGCGUUAAAGGAAGACGGAGCGCGUACUUUGAAAGCCAAAUAUUUUAAGGAGUCUGAUUUUUUAAACUCAAGGUUGGGAAAGUUACCUUCCUUUACCUGGCAGAGUAUUUGGACGGCCAAGGGCCUACUUCUGAAGAGGUUGGGCUGGAAGAUUGGAAAUGGAAAACAUGUCUCCAUUUGGGAAGACGCAUGGAUCCUUGGGAAUGAGGAUUUCCGAAUUCAGCAUACAUCUGUUAAUAUGAGCUUAUUAAAAGUUGCUAAUUUAAUUGAGGCAAAUGAUAGAAAGUGGAAAUCUGAGCUGAUUUGUAAUACCUUUUCAGAGCAGGAAGCGGAGCAGAUUCUAUGCAUUCCUCUGUCGUUUAACCUACAAUAUCGGCGACUGAGGGGAUCUGCUUCUUGUAGUAAGUGCCAAAAUGGUGUGGAGUCGAGGGAACAUUUAUUCCAUGAAUAUCCUACAGCAAAGGAAACAUGGGAGAAUUUGGGUAUCAGUUGGCCUAUUCUAGAAGAAAAUAAUGAUUUUAGGGACUGGUUACAGCUUAUUUUCCAAUCAAGGUCUACAGCUUUUUGCAGAGUUAUAGUAUGUACUCUAUGGGCGAUUUGGACAUCCAGAAAUAAAUUUAUCCACGAAGGUGAAGUUAAAACGGGUUCACAAAUUGCUGACUUUGUUAAAAAUUUUAUGCUGGAAUUGGAUGGGCUGAAAUCGUCAGUACCUGUUGAACAUCUCUGUGUGGGUGGUUGGGUUGCUCCGAUCGGAAUGAGGCUGAAAAUUAAUUUUGACGCUGCUUUCAACAAACAUAAGAAGGAAUCAUGCUCUGGUUUAGUUAUCCGGAAUAAUAAAGCGCAGAUUAUUGUUUCUAAAAUAGUUAUGAACUCGAACAUACCAUCAGCCUUUGCUGCUGAAGCGGUGGCGUGUCUUCAAGCGCUGCAACUUGGUUUAUAUCUUGGCUUGAGGAAGGUGGAGAUCGAGGGUGACUCCCGGACGGUUAUACGUAAGCUACAAGUGGAGUAUGAGGACAGAUCAGAGAUUGCUGUGUUUAUAAACGACUUUAAAAAAUUAAGCUUGGGUUUCCAGACUUGUGUUUUCCUUUUUACAAACAAGGAUGUUAACAAAGUUGCGCAUCUCAUUGCAUCAGAAGGAAUAAGAAUGAGAGAGUCAACUUAUCUGGUAAAUCAGGUAUUUUCUGUCACAGCAGAGAUGGUGGCUGAGGAUCAACGGAAGACAGAGAGCAUGAGAGAACUGAGGAGUCGGAGGGUAGGAGAUGAAGAAAAAAAUGUUUGUUUGAAUCUAUCUGUGGAAGAUCUUUCAGGAAGGAGGGUGUAA